AUCAGUAUCAACACUUCUGUCAGUUGGUUACUUAGUCUCAUAGUGUAUAAUAUAAAUAAGUGUAUAUAUAUAAAUUUCUUGCGUACAUGAACAAUAUUUGUCAUCAAAUAUUCCAGUGUCAUGGUCAAAAGUAAUGUAUUAUUUCCACGUUCGCAAGUUAUUUUCUAAAUUCAAUUUUAUACAAUAUGGACCGGGUGAAAAAUAAAAAAUUAAAUAGUCUUCUUAGUGACAUGUCAUCCGUACAUUUAUUACAUAGCAAAUUUAAUAAUAAUAACACUAGGUUAUUUUAAAAAUACAAAUAAAUUAUUUCGUACAAAUAAACACAAACAAUUACCUGAUUAUUUAUUCCCAGACGUUUACUGAGUCACCUGAGUUACACAAGUGAAAGUGUUAUUUUAUUAGCUGGAAUAUUAUUGUGAAAAUAUAAUUAACAAAAAAUACAAUGGCUUCUAAACAAAGUCCCGCUAAAGUUACCUUGGGAAUGAUAAAAGGUAAACCAAUAACUACGUCUGUACCUGUAAUAAAAUACCACGCUAGUGACGACGAGCUAGAAGAACUUUACCCGAGCACCGACGAAGAAAAGCCAAAGACCCCCGAAUCAGAGAGAACAUCCCCAAAAUCGAGUCCGUUCAAAAUAAAAAAACUAAAGUCCGACAGUACUGAAAGUAAUGACGACCUGGGUGAGCAAAGGUCCUCAAGCCUUGACUUGUCCGAAGGAGGCACGCCUCCUUCAGAUCCUUGGAAAGUGCUAUCAGACAUCCGAGGCAAGAUAACAAAGACAUUCGAAGAAAAGCUGUCUGAAAUAAAGAGCGAGAAGAAGAACAAGAGCCGCAGCAGGGAGAACUCCAGCGUGAGCGACCCCGAGGACCUGGGGGACGUAACGCCGACUGAAGAUGUCUCGGAGAAAGUUGAGAGAGAAUCUCCGUCGCCUUCUAAAAGCAGCAAGCCGUCUAAGAGCCACAGGUUCAGGUUCUCCAAUAUAAAGACUGGGUUGAAGGCCAAGGACAAGGCUCGCGAAGAAAGCAUCGAGAGCGGAGUCGAAGCUGCCGAGCUGGUGGAGGUCGACUCCAUGUCGCAGUCCAACAUUUCUAGGGGUCAGGAAACUUCGGAAAUUUCUAGCACUUGCACAGUUAAACAUUUAGCGUACUCGAGGUUGGUUAAUGAUCCUGUAAGACAGCCUGUAAGAGAAUUCUCCAAGCCUGGGAUGAUAAUAACAGAGCUGAAGAGUUACUUGUUGUCUAGAAUAUUUGGACUUUUGGUAUUUCUAGGAUUGAUUAGUUACUUAGUACCUAUUUUAGCUCUAGCUACUGGCAUUUUUGCUGGUAGUAUUGUUGUUAUCACAGUACAAAGAAUGAUUAGCAGAGUUAGCAAGGUUGUUGCGAUGCCGGUUGAGAUAGAAGACUCUCAGAAGCUGGGGAAUAUUCCAGUGCUGGAGAUUCCUGCGGUGGAAGAGUACGCGGUGGUUGAUAAAUUCGAGGGGUGGCUCAAUGAGCUCCCGUACAAUUAUGAUCCGGAAAAUUAUCACGUCGCCAGGACUCAGUCUGUCUAUUUUAAGCUUGAGGGGGAUUCUUUGAGGGUCAGUGAGACCAGGACGAGGAUUCCUAAGCGAGCUGUCUGGAACGAGCCCCAGCCGACUGCUAAAUUCACGCGCAGAAGAGUCUACUCUUUGGUUGGAGCCAAAGUUGAGUUAUUACCCGAGGGUUUGACUCGCAGGCGGAGAUGGAGCAAAAAAUAUCCCAUAUGCGUAACAUUAGGCCGCGAGGGUGUCGUUGAAAAUAUAACACUCGAGACGCCGUCUGACGAUGAAUUACUUACUGAGACUGAGAAGGAUAAGUUAAUUGUCGAGGAGGAUGAAACAGACGACGAUUUGUCUUUUUCGAAAGAUACUAAAGAUGUAUUUGAAGAUUGUCAUGAUGAUGUUGAGGAUCUCAGGUCCAAGUUGUUUUUUUUUGGAAGAACAGACCGGCAAAAAGAGGAUUGGUACAGACGACUUGUUUUAGCAACAAGAUCGUUUAACAAACGUAAUUCGAUACCGUCCACCAAGGAACUUACGUCAUCGUCAAGUAACUUGUCACUAUCACAAGCUUCGAGUGAUCCGAAAAAUUCAACCACAAUACCGAUUAAUGUUGAUAUUCCUCCGGAAUUAUCAUUUCAUUCUUAUAUGUCACGAUAUGCUGAUACUUCAACACCAACAGAUUCCAGUGGUUCGCUUUCCGAAGUAGAGGUCCUGUGGCUAAAUGCAUUAUUCGGUCGAAUACUAUUCGACUUACACAAAUCAUCAGACAUGAUAAAUGUCCUACAGGAUAAAAUCCAGCGAAAAUUGUCGAACAUCAAGCUCCCGUAUUUUAUGGAAAGUUUGAUGAUUUCAGAGCUGGUAAUCGGUCAAGGAGCGCCAUUCAUCCACAAAGCUACCAAGCCGGUGGUCGAUGAAAGAGGACUGUGGAUUGACUUGAAUGUCACCUACGAGUGUGGGUUGACAAUGACAGUUGAAACCAAGUUGAAUUUGAUGAAAUUGACCCGAGCUGGCUCUGUAGUAAAUAAUCCUAAUGACAGUAAUGGUAAUGAGUCGCCCAAGCCUGCCAAAUCUCCAAUGUUCGAUAGUGACGUUGAAGACAGUCCUGAAACCUCGACUGAAGAUGAAGAGAGCAUAAAUAUGCCAGCUAGUACUCGCGAAUCAACACCCUCUCAAUCUUCCGGACGAAAGUUUCUCAGCAUGGUCGAUAAAUUGGCGGCGAAUAAAUACUUUCAACAUGCUGCCGAGUUGACUUACGUACGAAGAGCGAUGGAAGGAGUUUCUAAUACAGAGAUACGAUUAAUGGUUAGCGUAUCAAGUAUAGAAGGAUGUCUGUCUAUCAACAUACCACCACCCCCAUCAGACCGAGUUUGGUAUGGGUUCAAACCAAUACCCAAGAUAAAUUUAGACGCCCGGCCAGCUGUUGGUGAACGAGCAGUCAACAUUGGCUAUGUUACUAAUUGGAUCAAGACUAAGCUGUUGAAAGAGUUUGAUAAGAUUGUUGUUUUGCCAAAUAUGGAUGACUUGGUCAUACCACUUGCUCCAAAUUAUCCGUAUCAAACUUCGACAAUUUAAAUUUAUUUAUUUAAUUUUUUUUUUUUAAUACAAAAAUUUCACUGCGAGUUUUUUCACCAUUUUUUUUUAAAUCUAUUGAUGAUAAAACACUAAUCAUUAUAUACCUAUGUAUUUAUUUACUCACACGGUGAUAAUAUUUUUAUUAUGUGAUAUCACUUUAAAUUAUUUUUUAUUAAAUUAUCAAUUUUAUUGUGUAUAUAAAUUGAAAAUAUUUAAGUGAGUGAUCUGCUAUCGAAUGUUUGCAACGAAGAAACAUUGCUACUUUUUUUUAAUCAAUUUUUUUGCAUUAUAUUUAUUUUU